AAUUGUGAUCAACAAAGUCAUAUGCUACUGGUUGGAGUCGGUACGCCAUUUUCUCCAACUACUCCAAUUAAUGAACGCUGCAAAUUUCCAAGGGUAAAUGUGUACAUGGAAAUUUCUUGGGGAUAUGGAACCUAAAAAACCAUUGAAAAUCCAACACCUGGUUCGAAGAAACAUCUUGACCACCAAAAGUCAAAUAAAAAUUAUGGGUUUCUCCCGAUGCUGACCAAAUUUGGCGUCCGUUUCCUUGGAGCUGAAGGCCCCCAAAAGACUUGCUUCUUCUUGGGCACGCUGGGAUGUGGGCGUGUAUACAGGGAGGGUCGGCAGCCUGGCUGUUGCCUUCGUCUUUGGUGUGCCUUUUCUAACAUGGUUCUCUCUUCCUCCAGGACUGCUAGGUUUCUCUUUUGGGAGUACCAGAUAAGAAGUACACACCCAUGUGCUCACUAAGGCCCAAGUGCGAGCUUGAUGCCGCAGCUGUUAAGGUUCAAAAAGUGUAUAAGAGUUACCGAACUCGGAGAAAUCUGGCAGACUGUGCAGUUGUUGAGGAGUUAUGGUCUAAGGCAUUGGAUUUUGCAUCCCUCACCAGCUCGAUUUCAGUUUUCAAUGUUGAAAAACCAGAAACAGCUGUUUUACGCUGGGCAAGGGCACAAACAAGAGCAGCCAAAGUUGGUAAGGGUUUGUCCAAAAACAGUAAGGCUCAAAAGCUGGCAUUGCAAUACUGGCUUGAAGCAGUAUAUCCACGCCAUAGAUAUGGGCAUAAUCUGAAUUGCUACUAUGAUGUCUGGUUUGAUGGUGAGAGUACACAGUCAUUCUUCUACUGGUUGGAUAUUGAUGAAGGCAAGGAAGUGAAUCUUGAGAAGUGCCCAAGAAAUAAACUUCAACAGCAAUGCAUCAAAUACCUUGGACCAAAGGAGAGGGAGGCGUAUGAAGUCGUUGUUGAGGAUGGGAAACUUAUCUAUAAGCAAAGUGGAGUGCUUGUGAACUCUGUUGAAGGUUCUAAGUGGAUGUUUGUUCUCAGCCCCUCAAGGGCCUUAUAUGUGGGACAGAAGAAAAAAGGCUCGUUUCAACACUCUAGUUUUCUGGCUGGAGGAGCUACAACAGCUGCUGGGAUAUUGGUUGUGAGAGAGGGGAUCUUGAAGGCUGUAUGGCCAUACUGUGGUUAUUAUUGCCCGACUGAGGAGAACUUUAAGGAGUUCAUCAGCUUCCUUCAAGAAAACAAUGUUGACCUCGCUGAUGUCAAGGCAUAAUAAUGGUCAAUCUUCUUCUUCUGCUGACUCACAUAUGAUACUAGAAGCUGGCAGCACGUGUACUCUUGAGCACAAAAAUAGCUGGUAGGACUGACUAAUAAGUAGAAAAGAACUUCACCAGAUAUACUGAUGUUAUAACUAAUGGAGGGUGAUUCCUGUCCUCAUUAUGAUACAAAGCGUACUGAUUUAUAUUCAAUACUCUUCAGACAUGUUCAAUUGAUGAAUAUGAUGAAUACCAGUCAUCCGAGAAGCCUAACAAUGUGCCAUUGAUGGAGUUGGCAAAGAUGCCAGAGGCGUCAAAGCUUCGCAUAACAUCCGACGCAGGAGCCUUGAGUGGCACCGAGGAGGAAGAGCCUCCUACCGAGCCAGCACAAUGAGAAGCAACAAGUUUAUUCAUUUCACUAGAGGAUGGAUUGAUGAUGCAGAGGUCUAAUUAGGGCAAUCAUUCCAACCUGUUUUUGAUCUAAGCUGGACCCAGACCUGCUGAUGGAUUGCAUGGUUGGAUCUAUAGACUAUUUGAAAAUAUCAGAUGGAGUUUAUAUUUAAGAUUUUCAGGCCCAACUUAAUCCAGUGAUCACAAAUUAUUAGAUUAUUUAUAUAGUAUACUAAUUUUAUCAUAUAUUUUCAUUUUCUCGACUCUUGACAUGUGAGAUCUAACUUUAUUCUUAGGUGUUUGGUGGAUGUAAUUAAUCACCUAUACUUUUGCACAUCAAGCUUCUGAUUGCCUUCUCAAA